CUAAAAUUGUGAUGGGGCCAUCUAUCUCGUAUCCUGAUGUUGGUCAUUGAUACUGGCUUGUGUGGUGAGAUGUGGUUCGAAUGACCAGAUCACCAGACUAUGUAUUGCAAAACGUCUUUUUUCGAAAAUUUAUUUUUGUAUGAUUGCAGAAGCUGUUAAAAUUCAUUUUCAAUCGCGGACGAAGUUGGCACGGAAUCCAAUUAAACCAAGAAAGAAACUCAGGAUGUGUAUGCGAAGUAGGAGAGAAAGGGUAUUAAUAUCCUAUUGAUUGCUGUUGUUGUUGUUGUUGUUGUUGUUGUUGUUGUUGUUGUUGUUGUUGUUGUUGUUGUUGUUGUUGUUGUUGUUGUUGUAAAAAAAUUAAUGUCGAUAAGUGCAUUGGUAAACAUAUUGUAUUUUGGGGGACGGUAAAAUUUUCCUUGCCAAAUAGCCGUAAUUUAAUUGCGUGUUGUAUAAUCAAGAUUGUAACACUUAUUUAUUUCAAUAUUUAUUUAAUUCGCCUACUUUUUCACUAAUGACAUUCAGGGCUAUCCUCUUUACUGCGCCGGAAUACAUUAAUAAUAUGUUUAAAUUCUGUGAGAAUAGUACAUACAAUAUGAGAAGCAACAGAUGGAAGCUCGCAUUGGGCAAACCCAGUUGAAACUUUAUGAAAAAAAGUUUCUCGUACCGGGGCGCUGUCGUCUGGAAUAAUUUACCAGAUGUCUUAACUAAGGCCAAUGAGCAAUUUUCAAAUUUUGCUUGAUAAAUAUUUUUACGAAUUGAAUGACGUUUGAAAUCUGCUCUAAUUCCUCUUUUUAACGAGAAUAAGGAUUCGUUCUUAAAAUUUAACUAGAGAGCAUGUAUUUGACGUUAUUUUCAUUGUAUUUGUAUAUACCUAGAUUAGUUUUGUAGUUUGAAAAGUUAAUUUGUAAAUAAUUACUGUCGUUCCAAUUGAAGUGUUCCUCAAAUAUUGAUUCAAUACAUUACCUCAGGCUGACCAAUUCAUUUCAUCAAGUUCCUCGAGAUAUUGAUACACUUCCUGUGAAAGAGCCAAUUCCAAGAAUUUGAUCAUUUCUGGUCACUUCCUUUCUAUAUAUGAUUGGUUAGUUGCACAAACAACAAAGCUGAUUGGUGCAUUCAAACUAUUCAACAGGAAGUUUACAAUUAUACUAGGAAGUAUAUGAAUAUUUCGAGGAACUUGAUCAAAUGAAUUGGUCAGCCCGAGGUAAUGUAUUGAAUCAAUAUUUGAGGAACACUUCAAUUGUAACGGCAGUAAUAAAACAGGCUUGCCUGAAGGGUUACCGUUGUUAAAUAACUUUAUAAUAAUAAUAAUAAUUCUUGGUUAAUUUAGUGCCAAAUGGAUUUAAUUUACGUUGCAGUUAUUGGAAAUGAGGUUGAAGGUGGCCACAGAGGAGGAGCAAGAAGAGUUUGGAGCGGCCCUUAAAGUGGAGUACAUGUCUGAGGACGCGGAUGCUUCUGAUGGAGGUUGGUGCCACAUGAAGUUAAAUUGGAGGGCGGAUGAUCUCACCCAGUUUUUUCGUACGUUGGACAUUCGGGCAAACGAGAGGAGGAAAGACCACGUGAAGGAACGCACGAAAAGAACGCAUUCGGCACUUUCCAGAAAACGUGCGCCAAAUGAUGCACCUGCUUGGGCUGUAAAGCCAGUCGAAACAGCUGAAAUUGCAGGCCCUGUCAACACAAACAGAACUCGUGGACGUGGAAUUCGAACACGCGGAGGCGGCAGGGGCGGAGGUGCUGGAACAGGACCGAGAUCUACUGCACGGAGAACGAUCACCUACGCAGCACAAGAAGUGCUUAAUUCUAUAGCAAAAUAAACAUACUAGAUAGCACAAACGGAUACAGCAAAUUCAAUUAACGUUGUCCUCUGAGUUGUCCUUUCUUAAUUUAUUGCAUGGUUCUUAACAUCUUAGCAAUACACCAUUUGCAAGCUUUGUCCCUCCUGUAUUACAUAUUUAUUUACGUCCAUUGGGCCUUUUGCUAUUCAAAUUGGACUUUGAGGAUAACCUUAAUUGAAUUAGUUGUCUCUGACAUUAAUGGAAUUAGACAUUUAGUCUAGAUUUAAUGACGUGCUUUAUAUCUAAAAUAUCCUAGUUAGUUUGCAUUCUAUUAUUUUAUGUUUGAUUUGAUGCAUUUAUACUUGAUAUUUAUAUUUCCUGCGUUCACGUUUCACUUGUCUCAGUCGCAUAAAUAUGAAUUCGGUAUCAUACCAGGCAGCUACUGAGACGUACAAGCUGCAAACUGCUUCUUGUAUAUGUAUCCAUAUGAUAAUGAAUGCUAUUCACUUUUACUGCAGGGUCACAUCUUUAAUGUCGCGCCCAAACGUUUUCGUGUCCACUUAUAGGCAAGAGCCAACAAGAUGUGUAUAGGCACAAUUCGA